UUUAGCACAAAUAGAGCACCAUACUUCAAUGGAGUAGAUUUUCCUUAUUGGAAAAUUAGAAUGGAAACUUACCUUCAAUCUAUUGACUAUGAUUUGUGGCAUAUUGUGUCUAGUGGUCCUUAUGUUGCUAAACAUGUCAUAAAUGGUGUUGAGGUAAUUAAGACUUAUGAAGCAUAUGAUGAAAAUGAUAAGAAAAUGCUUUCUAAAAAUGCUAAAGCUAAAUAUGCUCUUAUAUGUGGUUUGGAUAGAGAGAUUUUUAAAAAUAUUGAACAAGCCUCUACCGCUUAUGAUAUGUGGAAAAUGCUUGAAGUUACUCAUCAAGGAACUAGUGCUAUGAAGGAAACUAAAAUUCAAAUUUAUUCCACUCAAUAUGAGAACUUUAAGAUGAAAUCGGAUGAAACCAUUGCUAAUAUGUAUACUCGCUUCACUACAAUUACUAAUGGUUUGAACUCUCUUGGCAAGGUACUUACUCAAAAGGAUAUGGUGACCAAGAUUUUGAGAAGUCUCACCAAGGCUUAUCAAGGAAAGGUGGUUGCCAUUCAAGAAGCCAAGGAUCUCUCAACACUUCCCUUGAAGGGAAAUUUGGAUAGUGGAUGUUCAAAGCAUAUGACCGGUGAUCCAUCAAGAUUUUCAAGCUUUAAAAGCAAGGAAAGUGGCUUUGUCACUUUUGGAGACAAUUCAAAAGGAAAAAUCUUGGGCAUUGGUGAUAUCGGUAACAUAUACUCUCCAUGUAUUAAAAAUGUGCUUCUUGUUGAUAAUCUUAAACAUAACUUGCUUAGUAUUAGUCAAUUAUGUGAUAUAGGUUUUCGUGUUGUGUUUGAAUCCUCAAAAUGCUCCAUUGAAAAUGUUUCAACCAAUGAAGUUAUUUUCCUUGGAGUAAGGAAGGAUAAUGUGUAUGUUAUUGAUGUUGAUUCUUUUGAUAGUAAAAAUAAAUGUUUAACCGUUAUGAAUGAUAAUUCUUGGUUGUGGCAUAGAAGAUUAGGACAUGCUAGUAUGGAUUCUAUUUCAAAAUUGGUUAGAAAGGAUCUUGUUAUUGGUUUGCCAUCUAUUCCGUUUGUUAAAGAUAAACUUUGUGAUGCAUGCCAAUUUGGAAAACAAAUUAAAACAUCUUUUCAUUCCAAGAAAGAGAUUUCAACUACUAGACCUUUGCAAUUGCUUCAUAUUGAUUUAUUUGGUCCUUCUAGAAUUGCUAGUCUUGGUGGUAAAUACUAUGCAUUUGUAAUUGUUGAUGAUUUUUCAAGAUUUACUUGGGUUAUUUUCUUGACUCUUAAAAGUGAUAAUUUGGAAAACUUUGUCAAAUUUUGUAAAAAUGUGCAAAAUGAAAAAGGAUACUCUAUUACCUCCGUUAGGAGUGACCAUGGUGGUGAGUUUGACAAUGAUGCCUUAGAAUUGUUUUGUGAUGAACAUGGUUUUAACCAUAACUUUUCGGCACCAAGAACUCCACAACAAAAUGGAGUUGUCGAAAGGAAGAAUAGAACAAUUCAAGAAAUGGCUAGGUCAAUGCUAAAUGAAAUUUCACUACCAAAAUACUUUUGGGCCGAGGCCGUCAAUACCUCUUGUUAUAUUUUGAAUCGUGUUUUCAUUAGGCCCAACAUGAAUAAAACCCCUUAUGAGCUUUGGAAAGGAAGAAAACCCAACAUUGGCUAUUUUAAAGUUUUUGGAUGCAAAGAUGAAUUUUGGCUUCUAGCUAUGCAAGAAGAAAUAAAUCAAUUUAUAAGAAAUAAUGUUUGGGAGUUAGUUCCAAGACCGUCACAUCAAUCGGUGAUUGGAACAAAAUGGGUCUAUAGAAAUAAUGUAGAUGAGCAUGGGGUCAUUGUGCGUAACAAGGCUAGAUUAGUGGUCCAAGGUUACAAUCAAGAAGAAGGAAUUGAUUAUGAGGAAACCUUUGCCCCGGUAGCAAGACUUGAGUCCAUUAGAAUGUUGUUAGCUUUUGCAUGCCACAAGAAUUUUAUCUUGUAUCAAAUGGAUGUAAAAAGUGCAUUCUUAAAUGGGUACAUUAUGGAAGAGGUUUAUGUCUCUCGACCACCCGGUUUUCAAAAUCAUAAAUACCCUAACCAUGUUUACAAAUUGAAAAAGGCUUUGUAUGGUUUAAAGCAAGCUCCUAGAGCUUGGUAUGAAAGAUUAAGCACUUUUCUUAUUUCAAAUGGUUUUUCAAUGGGUAAAGCGGAUAAUACACUUUUUAUAAAAAGAAAAUCGAAAGACAUUAUUAUAGUACAAAUUUAUGUUGAUGAUAUUAUCUUUGGUGCUACUAAUGAUGCUCUUUGUGAAGAAUUUUCUAAGUGUAUGCAUAGUGAGUUUGAGAUGAGCAUGAUGGGAGAACUCAACUUUUUUCUUGGACUUCAAAUCAAGCAACAAAAGGAUGGCAUAUUCAUAGGUCAAACUAAGUACAUCAAGGAUCUUCUUCAAAAGUUUGACUUGGCAAAUGCAAAGUCCAUGAAUACACCCAUGAGCACAUCCAUAAAGAUGGACAAAGAUGAAAGCGGUAAGAAUGUGGACAUCACCAAGUAUCGAGGUAUGAUUGGCUCUUUAUUAUAUUUAACCGCUAGUAGACCGGAUAUUUUGUUUAGUGUUGGUCUUUGUGCUAGGUACCAAUCUUGUCCUAAAGAAUCCCACUUAAGUGUCGUUAAGAGAAUAUUUAGAUACUUGAUAGGCACAAUGAAUCUAGGACUUUGGUACCCCAAGAACUCAAACUUUGAAAUAGUUAGCUACUCGGAUGCCGACUUUGCCGGUUGUAAGACGGAUAGAAAAAGUACUAGUGGAACUUGUCACUUUCUAGGAAAUUCCUUAGUGUCAUGGUUUAGCAAGAAACAAAACUCGGUAGCUCUAUCCACAACCGAAGCCGAAUAUAUAGCCGCGGGUAGUUGUUGUGCACAAAUACUUUGGAUGAAACAAACUCUUAAGGAUUUUGAUAUUGAUUUUGAAUGUACACCCAUAAAGUGUGAUAACACUAGUGCCAUUAACCUCUCUAAGAAUCCAAUAUUGCAUUCUAGAGCCAAGCAUAUUGACAUAAGGCACCACUUCCUUAGAGAUCAUAUCCAAAGAGGUGAUAUUUUGCUAGACUUUGUAAGCACCGAAUUCCAAUUAGCGGAUAUAUUCACCAAGCCUUUUAGUGAUGAGAGAUUUAGUUUCAUUAGAAGAGAGCUAGGCAUGACCAACUUAAAUGAAAUAUAAGGUUUGUUAGCUAUGAAAAAUUUCAUAUCUCUUUACUUACUUAUUUAUGCAUAAUUGUUCCAAAUAUGAUAUUAAUGAGAUUUAUAUGCAUAUAUGAGAAAAUUUAUUGAUACUUGACCUAUAUGAACCAUACUUGUUGAAAACUCAAGAUUAUAGGUCAUAAUGUGGAUUUUUGGUGAACUUUGGACUUGUUUUUUAAACAAGUGAACAUGUGAAUUUUUGCAUAUUUGAUUUUCUUAUGUGUCUAUAUGCUUGAAUAUGUGAAAUAGAGUGUAUUUAGUAUGCCUAUAGGUUUGCCUUGAUUGAAAUUUGCAUGAAACAAAUUUUUGGUAUCUCACUUGUUGAAUUUUUAAAUUUUUAGGCCUAAAAGAGUGUUUUUCGCCAAACUCUCUCAUUUUUCAACAUUUUUCGAUUCCGUAAGUUUGUACACCUCACAUUUUAUUUUACAAAACUGCUGGAAAAAGAAUUUUUCAAUUUCGUUGCAUAAAACUCAUUUUCGGUACGGUUCUAGUUUUCUUGGCAAUUUUCGAAAAACUUACCGUAAAUCGUCAUUUUUCAUUAUUUUUCAGUUUUUCUUAUUUGAGCAAUUUUGUUUUAUCAUAUUAAAGGUAUUAGAAUUGGUUUGGGGUCAUUUGGGUCAAAAUUGGAAUUUUUGGGACGUUUUUACGGGAAAUUUUCUGGUCUGCUGCACCAACCGGAAUUCCGGUUGUACCAUCCGGAAUUCCGGAUGGCGCAGGACCAGCAAGAAGGGGCUUUUUCGUCUUUUAAUGCGAUUUUUUCCCUUUUUAAACCCUACCACCGAAUUUUUCAUUCCCCAUUCAGUUUUUUCAACCCUAAUACAGCAGCCACUCCUCUC